GCACAAUUUCAAACAAAACAAUGGAUACUCAUGUCACAAUAUGAAAAAUAUUUUUGUUUAUGACUGAUUAAGAGUCUAUGUUUUAAUUUCAUGCUUGGUUUAUUAAUUAAAAGACAGCAUGAAGGGGGUCACGAAGGUGUGUCCUGAAUCGGACCACUAUUUUUGACCCCUAGUUUUGUCAGCAGCUUGACGCCAUGAAGGGCACUCAGAGCGAGUGUGUAGGGCACAGAGGCAGGGUUGGAACUUGCACUUGUGUUUGUGAGCAAGAUUCUUCCGCUGCCCUUGAAUCUGGUAAAUGCUGCAACAAUUUUUGGGGGUUCAAAUGAAUCUUUUUUCUCCUCCAUUCCCUUUGUAUCUUCUCACUUGUCUCCUCCUUUUCCUCCCCACCUCCAGUUCAGUAAUGCCCUCACUAGUCCCUCCCAUCCUCUCUCUCCCUUUCCUCCUUUUUCUUUCUCUUUUUGACUCCACCCUCACCUGUUCCAUAGACAAAUCGCGCUGUGACUCCGCCCCCUUCGUCCCCGGUCACAACCUGGCAGGGGAGGGGUUUGAUGUGGUGACCCUAAAGCGUAAAGGGGCCUACCUAAUCGACACGAAGACCUUCCUGAACCCCGACAAAACCUGUACGCUGUGUUCCAACCCCCAACAGGGGAAAGAGCUUCAGAAACUUUCCUUGUCCGUCGUAGACUGGAGGGCAAACAGCGACUGCACUAUGGACGUCACCAGUACCUCUCAGAACUCUGUCAGUGAGCUCGCAGUGGCAACUACUAACACGGUGUCUGAAAACUGGAAGGCGGGUCUGGAUUAUAAAAUGAAGGGGUCUGCAAGUGCACCUGUGGGACCCGUAAUUCUCACUGUGGAGAAGGACGUGAGUUCCGGCAUAGAGAUGGGCGGAUCCCAGUCAGAUAUUACCAACUUUGCCAGGACCAAGGCCAAACAGGGAAGUCAUUCAUUCUACUCGCAGAAUCUUACCUGCCGCCUCUACAGUUACAGGGUGCCAAACACUCCCACUCUCAGUACUGAGUUUCUAAAGGACAUCUCCUUGAACUCUAAGGCCCAUUACCGCCAACUCAUCAGAACAUACGGGACUCACUACAUCCACCAGGUUAACCUGGGAGGCCAAGUGACGGUAACCACAGCGAUAAGCACCUGUCAGGCACAGAACAGCGGUCACUCUACCCAAGAGGUGGAAUCAUGCUUAUCUAUGGGUUUUAAAAAAAACAUUGGAUUGGGAGUAAACGCUAACUUCCACAAGUGCGCUACAGUUCUCGACAGCCAUUCCUCAAAGAGCUCCUCCGGCUCAGAAAUCUUCAGCCAAUACUCCAGGGUUACGGGAGGUUCCAGUUGGACUAUGGACAUGUCACCCAACAGUGACAAUGUUGAGGGGUUCAGGAACUGGAAGAGCUCCCUAAAGGACCACCCGGACAUCAUCUACUAUAGUCUGAAGCCUCUACACCAGCUCAUACCCGACCCUGUGGCCCGGCAGGGUGUGAAAAAGGCUGUCCAGGAGUACCUGAUUGAGAAUGCCAUCAUGGAGACCAGAGAACUGCCCUGUGGGGACCCCAACUCCAAGAAGGAUUCAUUCUGCUGCUUCAAGAGUGUCUCACAGGGACACCUGGUGGUGACAGUGGUCAGAGCCUGGGACCUAUACGGAGACGCUGAGUGGAUACAAGGAGAAACUGAUGCGUACGCUGUGGUCACCUAUGGUUCCAAGAUAAAACAUACCGAUAUGAUCACAUCCCAAAAUCCUGUUUGGAAUGCAUUGUUGGAAAUGGGGACCUUUCAGAAAGACGAAGAGCUGACGGUGAUUGUCAUGGACCAAGACACACUGGAUAGCAACGACAACCUGGGGAGCUGCACCAAAACCAUCCAUCAGGGGACACAUGAAUAUAAUUGCUCCCUCACUACGGGGACUGUUGAGUUCCGCUACACCCUCACCUGUGAGCCCUACCUGAUUGGGGACCAGUGUGAAACCUACAAACCUUCCGAAAACAUUGUAUACAACUAUUUCAAUAUCACUGAAUUUGAACCGUUUCAGCCUAACAGUAAGAGUGUUACUCUUUUCUCUGACCUUCCUACCCAGAGUUCAGCACUCGCAUUCCUAUCGUUCAUUUACAUGUUUUUGUAAUUUAUUAAUGUGGAUGAAGUCCAAUCAAUGGAUCUGGUACCCUGAGCUCAGGCUGUCUGUAACUGUCUCAAGGUUGUUCUGACCUUUUGUGUAUUCCAUAAGUGUCAGUGGAAUCAUGUUAUUGUGUUAUCCCAGGGUUGUACCCAAUGCAACUUUUAACCAAAAAUGUCAGUCAAUCAACUGUUUUCAUGUGCGAUAGUCCAAAAAUGGGUGGGUCCAAUGAAGUGUAAAACGUAUUAAGCAUUUUCUAGUUCUAUCAAAAUGUAAGGACAAUACAAGACGUUAUGAGAAUUCACUCCAAUAUGUUAAUUAUUAAUUUGUUAAAACCGUUGAAUGCAAAUCAGCUAGUAGAGUUGUUGGAAUUGUACAGAUUUCUUUUUAAUACCUGAUCUAGGAGUCAUGAUGGGGGAUGUUUAGCUGAUGCAUAAUUAGCUGGUGUCUGAUUGGCUGGUAUCUAAUUAGCUGGGGUCUGAUUGGCUGGUAUUUUAUUGGCUGUCCUAUGAUUGGCUGGUGCCUGACUGGAAGAUAAUUUUACAGUUGCCAGAUCUAACCCCAGAGAUGACCAGGUGAGAAUGCUGUAAUUUUGUCCUUAAGCCAGACAUGUAACCUGAAUUGCUCCGGGGUCAAUGUUCGAGUGGCUUUGACCCUUUCUGCCUCAGAGUGGGAUUUGCAAAAAAAAAAAUGUUUAAUUCAAGCCUGCAUAUUAUAAACCUUGUACUAGAAUCUUGGUUAUUAUAUUAAGGAUCUUGGUAAAAUUCAUUAUUGAUUUUUUAUUUCCUUGUGCCUGCUCUCUCUCUCUGUCUCUCUCUCUCUCUCUC